CCCCCCCCUCCCCAGGAGAACCUGCUGCUGGACGACGACAACCGCCUGAAGCUGAUCGAUUUCGGCCUCUGUGCCAACCCCGAGGGCGGCAUGCAGGCCCACCUGGAGACCUGCUGCGGCUCGCCGGCCUACGCGGCGCCCGAGCUGGUCUCCGGCCUGCAGUACCUCGGAGCCGAGGCGGACAUCUGGAGUAUGGGCGUGCUGCUCUACGCCCUGCUCUGUGGCUUCCUGCCCUUUGACGACGAGAAUAUUGCCAACCUCUACAAGAAAAUACAGGCCGGUGUGUACCAGAAGCCCGAGUGGCUGUCUGAGGGCUCCCUGCGCCUGCUGGACCAGAUGCUGCAGGUGGAACCCAAACAUCGGAUCGUGGUUUCUGAGCUGCUGACCCAUCCCUGGCUCACGGCUGGAACAGGGCUGCCCGUCGAGUGGAAGAGCUACUUCCAGUCACGUCAGCCGGACGAGGACGUGGUGACGGCGAUGGCGGUCUCCGGGGGCCGCAGCCGCGCCUGGAUGGCGCGCCGUCUCUCCCAGUGGAGUUAUGAUCACACCACUGCCACCUACUGGCUGCUGCUGGCCGCCAAACGACGAGGGGAGCCCGUCAGACUGGCUGCGGCGCAGCAGAUGCCUCCGCCUCCUCCGUCUGCCGCGGCCGGCCGCGCCACCCUCCAGGAGCUCACUUCCGCCGGUCUGCCCGGUCUGGUGCCGCUGGGGGACUCCCCGCACGGGCGGCCACAGUCGCUGGACACGGCGCUGGACGCGCUGGAGCAGCGCCGGGGCCUGGAGCUGGAGCUGGACCAGCGCCGCCGUCAGGAACAGGAGGAGGAGGAGGCCAUGGAGACGCUCCUCAGCCUCAAACCCAUCGAGAUGGAGCCACUGCUGGAGCGCAGCACCGGCCGCGGCUCCCAGCGUGGCCGGGGCAGUCAGCGGAGGAAACGAGCCACACCGCCCCGACCCUCGCCGACUGAGAACAAGGAGAACGACUUUCUGCAGCCCAAGGCGCCGUCACCCAGCAAAAAGACCAAGCGACGCGCCGGUGAGACGCCGUGUAAGCUGUCUCCGUCCCGGUCGGUGGAGUCAGCCCUCGACCCCGCCUUCAAGACGCCACAGAGGAGGCCGCGCCCGCAGUCGGAGAAUUUCCGCACACCAGAUUGCGGCUCCAAGUCCUCCGCGGUGCCCCGGACGCCCAUCUCGGGACGGAAGGUGUUCGGCUCCAUCGAGAAGGGUCUGGACAAGAUGAAGAACAUGUUGACGCCUCGGAAACGCACCCAGGUGGCUGGCGACCGGCCGGCGCUCAUCGAUACCAAGAAAAUGCUAAACGUGUCGGCGACGGGAGCCACGGACCCUGACCAGGUGCUGAUCGACCUUCAGCGCGAGCUCUGGAGUCGCGGCAUCGUGCUCAAACAGAAAGGGUACACACUGCGGGGAAAGGUGGCUGACCCGCUGGGAAAGGCCAAAAUGUCCUUCGAGCUGGAGGUCUGCAUGAUCCAGAGCCUCAAUGUGGUUGGUAUCCGCCGUAAGCGUCUAGAAGGGGACGCCUGGUGCUACAAGAGGAUAUGUGAGCAGGUUCUCCGCCUGGCCGGACAGCAGACGGCCGUCUAGCCAAUCAGAGCACAGCAGACGGACGUCGGCACCAAUCAGAUGUCAGGCUGGCCUCUGGUGACCAAUCAGCGCCUAUCCAGGCCCGGUGGGGGCCAAUCACAGUCGAAAGACACUGUCAGUGACCAAUGGUGGGCCGUGUGCUGUCUGCGCCGGCCAAUCACAGUCGAGAUGACGUCACGGCCGGCCAAUGAGAGCGGAGAACGUGUUUCACAGUCAAUCACGUGCGUGUUUUUGUCAGGGACCUCGCUGUGCGCGCGUGCUUAGUGCUAAGGCUGCCCCGGGCCGGGGCAGACGAGGACCAUGUAACGUCGUGUGCUGAAUUUGAGUCUGCCUGGUCAUGACUAUGAUAUUGUUCUUCCAAGCGUACUCAAUGUGGGUUCAUUUUCAUUUAUCAGCCCAUCGUCGAUUUUAUAGUAAUUCACCAUUUCUUGUCCUUUCUGUCUCACGUUAAUUACUCAACACGCCUUAGUCCUGGUGUAAGCUUCCGUCCUUUUUGCUAGAUUAUUGGCACACUAAGGUCUUGCCUGUCUUGCCCUGCUUUCCGUGUUUAACCUCAUAUGAUAAUGGAGAGAUGUGCGGUGUCAAUAUGUUGGUCUACUAGACUGCCCUGCUGUUUCGUUGAGGGAUGUGGCAGUGAUGCUUUUUCUAGCUCAACAGAAAUGGCCGAAGGAGAAAUUGGCAAUCCAGGAUCAAAAUGUCUCGAAACAAUGUCACGUGCAGUCUUUUGUCGUGUCACUCGCAUAGUUUUGUGCCGCUGACGUCGCUAUGAGUUCUCUGGAGCUUUUUCGCGAGCCCUCGCAUGAAUAUUGCUCAGCACGUGAUUUUGUGAGUGAGAAUACCUCCUAACUUGUACAUAGACCUAGUGUGAAUGAGUGUUUUACGCGAGUGUUUUAUAUGGCGUGUGACAUGUACAUUGUACAGGCACUGGGUAGAUACUGGGCUAGAGGAUGCGCUAUUCUAGAUAUAGCUUUCUUCCCUCACUGUCUUAGGUGAAAUAAACACUCCAUUGGAUGCGUCCGU